AAUGCGCGCGCGCAGAAUUCAAAUGUUCCAAUCAAUCAUUGAGAAUCUGGAAUAUAGCCAAUGAGGAACAGAGACCCGCCCUUCGGAUCUCAUAGCCUAUCAGAGCAGCUCAGUUCCUAUAUAGUCUCUGGUAUCGGCUGCUUGUGUCAUUUACAGUUUUAUUUAUACUGUGUAAUAGAGUUUGAAAAUGGCAAGAACCAAGCAGACCGCGCGUAAGUCCACCGGUGGAAAAGCGCCCAGGAAACAGCUUGCUACCAAGGCUGCUCGAAAGAGCGCCCCCGCUACCGGUGGCGUGAAGAAACCUCACCGUUACAGACCUGGCACUGUGGCUCUGAGGGAGAUCCGCCGCUAUCAGAAAUCCACCGAGCUGCUGAUCCGCAAACUGCCCUUCCAGCGGCUCGUCCGAGAAAUCGCUCAGGAUUUCAAGACCGACCUGCGCUUCCAGAGCUCCGCUGUGAUGGCGCUGCAAGAAGCUAGCGAGGCUUACCUGGUCGGGCUCUUUGAGGACACCAACCUGUGUGCCAUUCACGCCAAGAGAGUCACCAUCAUGCCCAAAGACAUCCAGCUGGCCCGCCGAAUCCGAGGGGAACGCGCUUAAACUGCAAAACCCUUAAAAUACAGCGAAACUCAAAGGCUCUUUUAAGAGCCACCCACU